AUGCUGCCUGCGGAUGCCGAGAUCCGUGAAGAAGAAGAAGAAGAAGAAGAAGAAGAAAAUUCCAAACAAGAAGAAAUCAAUCCCCUCUUAGUGCAUACAUCCAAUAUAUCGUUUUUCAAAGGUGAUGGCUACUUUUCGCGACGCUAUGGCAAAAGACAAAAUCUUCAUGGAAAGGAAUGUAGCUAUUACGGGUGUUCAUUUUGGCCUAAAUGCCGAGCGAAAAAGCGAAUCGUACACUUGCUUAAUGGGAGGACUUUAAUUACUUACCAGGGUGAGCAUGAUCAUUCUAAUGGAUCUUCAAUAGAUGCUACACAAGAAGAUUAUUCUUUGGAUGAUGGUGAAGUUUUUGAUGAUGAGGAGGCAGAAUCAAAGUUUUUGUUUUAA